AUGCUCGCCCUCGCCACCUCGCCGUUCGCGCUGCCCCUGGACCCGUUCUUCUGCCCCAAGAUAAACACCGUCAACAACGCAUCCUUCUCCCUCUCCCUCGACGAGUACACACGCGCAACGUGGUACGUGCAGAAGCAGCAGGUCAACUCCUACCAGCCCGCCGAGCAGCUCUUCUGCGUGACCGCCACCUACAACCUCGAGGGAGCCACCGUCCCGCUCUUUGGCGGCACCGUCGUCACCGUCUACAACGAGGCCACCUUUGACGACAAGCGCACAAAGGUUAACGGCGGCGGCACCCUCUGCGCCCGCAUCGCCGACGAGUCCCAGCCUGACAAGCUGUCGGUGGCGCCGUGCUUCCUGCCCAACCUCCUCGCCGGCCCCUACUGGCCGGUGUACAUCGAGGCCGACGCCGAGGGACAGUACUCCAUCGUGGCGGUGAGCGGCGGCCAGCCAGACGUGCCGACCGACGGGAGCCCGUUUGACCCGUCAACGUACAAGUGCACGCCCCGCGAGCUCGGCAUCAACAACGCGGGCCUGUGGAUCCUCUCGCGCGAGCCGGUGGCCGACCCCGCGGCCGUCGCCCGAGCCGAGGCGGCGCUCGAGGCGAUGGGCGUCGCUACUACCAAGCUGCUGCCGGUCCCGCAGGGCGCUGAGUGCGAGGACGCCUACGCCUCGCGCUUCCUCAAGCCGCGCGACUGCGGCCCGACGGCCGACGGCCAGGGCCGCUGCAACCCGACCGCGACGGCGCCGCCCGCGCCGUCAUGCGCCUUUAGCAACAACCCCCUCGGCCAGGCCGCCUGCGACCUCGCGACGGCGAUCGGCACUUGCCAGUGAGUGGAGGGGCGCUCUCCAACUCCCGGCGGCCACAAGCUAUAUCCGCCGCUCCGUGCUGACUCUGUCCCAUACCCAACAUCCUGUCGAGUACGACAACCUUGCUGCUUGCUUCCCCCACCCCGCCCGCCGCCGCCUCGUGUGUGGCAUCCGCCGUGCAUGUUUAAUUUACGUGCCCCCCGGGGAUCCACUUGUGGUUUCUUUUUCCUUCGAACCCCCUGUUCGGCACACAGAAGAAAAA